AGGACUUUUAUUUUGGUGUGGCGCUGUGACGUCACAAGGCUGCGCCGCGCUGUUGUGAUUCAGCUGAAGAACGAGUGUCCAAACACACAGAAAGUAAAGCUACUGAGAUCCAUGUGACGUAAAGAUGGCGUCUAUUAAAGAGGAGAGUGAAGACAUUAAGAUUGAAGAUGCGAUCCGUGUGAAACAAGAAGAUACCGAGGAACAAACAGAUCUGAUGCCGCUGAAAGAGGAGAGUGAAGUACUAGAUGAAAUUAAAGAAAAAGUAACUGAUAUCGUAACUGAAGAAAUAUCUGAAAAGACUUCCUCACAAAAAAGUAAUUUCACCUGCCAACAGUGUGAAAAGUGUUUCUCUACAAAAAGAAACCUGAAACGCCACAUGGACAUUCACACUGGAGAGAAGCCUUACGCCUGCCAGCAGUGUGGAAGGUGUUUCAAUAAAAAAGGAACCCUUAAAGGUCACAUGAGCAUUCAUACUAGAGAAAAGCCUUACACGUGCCCUCAGUGUGGAAACUGUUUCACCCAGCAAGGAAACUUUAACAGGCACAUGAGAGUUCACACUGGAGAGAAGCCUUACACUUGCAAACUGUGUGGAAAGAGCUUUACAACAAAACUAAACCUUAAGGAUCAUAUAAACAGUCACACUGGUGAGACGCCAUUUACAUGUGAUCAGUGUGGAAGGAGCUUCCGAUAUAAGGUAACCCUUAAAAGGCACAUGAAGGUUCACUUAAGAGAGAACAGUUUUAUGUGUCAUCAGUGUGAAAUGAGUUUCUCAGACAGCAAAAACCUUAAGAAUCAUGUGAUAACUCACACUGGAGAGAAACCAUACAUGUGCCUUCAAUGUGGAAAGACUAGCUCAAACAAUGCAAACCUUGUUGUUCACAUGAGAAUUCACACCGGAGAGAAGCCUUUCACCUGCCCUCAGUGUGGAAAGAGCUUCAGAUUUAUCGGAAACUUUCAGACUCACAUUAGAGUUCACACAGGAGAGAGGCCUUACACGUGUCUCGAGUGUGACGAGAGUUUCUCAUAUCAGAGACAUCUGAAACGUCAUCUGCUAACUCACUCUGGAAAGGAAGUCUAGUGUUUCGUCAGUGGCCAGAGGUUUACAAAGUAGAGCAAUUUCAAAAAUAACCUGCGCAUUCAGUCUGGAGAAUGGCAAAUUUCUUGUGAAAUAAAAUUUAUCAUCAUACAGAUACACCUGAAAAUCAUGCAGACGUGAGACCCUAUUCUUGUUAUGUGUGUGAAAAGAGUUUUAAAUGGCUCUGCAAUUUAAAGGGGACCAGAAAAUACUAGUGAUGCCGAUUUUUUUUCUU